AUGAGCCCUUUAAGUGCUACUGGCCCUGAUGGAUACAAUGGCAAAUUCUUUCAAAAGUGUUGGGAUAUCAUUCAGGAGGAUAUCAAAAACAUGGUUCAUGCCUUCUUCUAUGGAAGGAAUUUGACCAAGUUCUUUUCAUAUACUUGUUUGGUUCUAAUUCCCAAGGUAGAGUCUCCUUCUAACUUUGGAGAUCUAAGACCAAUUAGUCUUAGUAACUUCACAGCUAAGAUCAUCUCCAAGAUCCUUUCAAUCAAGCUGAAUCAUUUACUUGAUAAGAUUAUCUCUGAAAAACAGUCUGGCUUUGUCAAAGGCAGACUCGUCACUGAAAAUGUUCUCCUAGCACAAGAACUAGCCCAAGGGGUGUCUCAGAGUAACCAUGGAGGCAACAUGAUCAUCAAACUGGAUAUGGCUAAAGCCUAUGACAGAAUGUCAUGGGAUUUUCUAUUGGCAGUUAUGAGAAAAUUUGUUUUUUCUGACAGCUGGAACACUCUUAUUAGAAUUCUCAUAUCUGAUGUGUGGCUAUAUCACAAUGAUAGAUUUGUUCCCUUCAGCAUGAAUCCCAAUGGUCCUAGUAUCAACCACCUGGCCUAUGCUGAUGACAUAGUAAUUUUCACUGGUGGAAACAAUAGAUCAAUCAAACUCAUUUUGAAGCAAAUCAAGAGGAUCAAUAGGAUGAGAAGUGCUACUGAUUUCAUGAAUAAGGAUUUCCUUUUUAACUAUCUUGGAUACCCCAUAUAUGUGGGAAAGAAAAGAAAUUCCUAUUUUGAUAAUAUGUUAGCCAAAAUCAUCAAAAAGCUUAAUGGGUGGCAAAGCAAGAUGUUGUCUUUUGGGGGUAGAAUUGUCCUCAUUAAAAGUGCCCUGCAAGUUAUUCCAACUUACAUUCUCUCUGCAAUACAACCUCCUAAAGGCAUUAUCAAGCUCAUGGAGAAACACUUUUGUAACUUCCUUUGGGGUUCCAAAGAAGGUAAAAACAAGUAUCACUGGAGUUCAUGGGAGAAUUUAUGUUAUCCAAAAGAUGAAAGUGGUAUUGGAAUAAGAAGAAUGCAGGAAAUCUCUGAUACUUUCACUUUUAAAAGAUGGUGGAGAUUGAGAACUCAAUCUACACUCUAG